CCGGAAUUUCAUGUUUAUUGAUGAGAACGGCAAAGGCUCUGACCUCGCAUCUAUUAACAUCGAGCGCGGCCGCGAGUGGGGAACGCCUGCGUACUACCUUUACCGUCAGCUGUGCGGAGGGGUCACAAUCUCCUCAUGGACGGACCUGGCGAUAACGCACCCCGCUGACGUAAUCGCCAAAUUACAGAGCGUCUAUGCCUCCCCAAAGGACGUUGAUCUAUGGACGGGCAUCGUGACCGAGACUGCGGUAGGCACCUCCAUAUCCGGCCCCACAAUGUCCUGUCUCGUCGCUAUGCAGUUCGCCAACCUUCGCAACGGGGACCGUUUCUGGUACGAGACGAGCGACACCAAUCUGAAAUUCACAACUGGUAAGGCAAUCGGUUGCACAUGACUAUGUCUAGUAUCACAUAAUCUAUAUAUUUUCUGUAUUUUCCUAUUCAGUGCGGUCA